UUAAUCACAUUAUUCAAAUCAGAUUUUCGUUCUGCCCUUUUACAUUUGUUCGUUAACUUUUUGCCAAACAAUUUGCGAAUUAUGUGUGCUCAGUUAGUUUGUGCGCGGUAGAAACUCCAAUCUCUUUACUCUUUAUAAUCAGUUCGCAUUGCACAUUGCUGUGAAUCAGACAACACGAGAAAGAAACGCGACUCGCGGCUCGACCGGCGCGGCGCGGCGCGUCGCAGGCGGCUGAAGUGGAUCAUCGGAGCGCGACGAAAAGUAAUUUGUACAAAAAACUAAAUUCAACUCGCUAUUGCUGUGUUCGUGAUGUUUUGUCUGACCGCACAAUAUAUCGGCGGUCAUUGUUGCUAGACUUUUUUUUAUUCCGAUUAGCAAUGUGCCGGUAACGUUCAGUGUUCGAAAAACUUCGAUUUAGAAGUUUGUAGAAAAGUGAUUUUAUAGAAUUGCAGUGAAAACAAACUCUAAAAGUGGAUAUUCCUGAAAUGGGAGUUUUUAAAUGGCUGCGCCGGGAACGAGUGACAGUGACGUCAGUGACCGCCGAGGAGCCGCCCACAGUGCAAAUGGGAACCAUCAGGACGGAAGAAUACAAGCGCGAUCUAGCAGAAUUCCAAGCGCGAAGGUCCUCCGUGACCAAAGAGCUCCCAGACACGCCCGUUAAGCGGAAAUGCGGGCGACAUUCCCUUCCGGUGUCCUGCACCGACUGCACCGGCGAUCCAGACAGAACGUUCAACUACGAGAAGAAAUCCGCAGCCAAGUACAAGAAGAAUCACCGACGCACGCGCAGCGCGCAGGAGGACCAAUACGACACCCCGAACAUACAGUUCCUGUUUCAAAACCAAGUGUUCAUGCCCGGGAAUUUUCCAAGGGCGUACUCGGAGCCGAAAACCCGACGGAAGGUCCGCCGCUCGCCGGAGUUCCUCGCCCAAAGACACAUCGAGUUUGACGAUAACCAGGCGGUUUCGCCGCCGCUGUUCUACAAAAAUAACUCCCUGCCUUUCGACGUCAAGGAGUUUCUGGAGAGCCACGAGGAGGUAGACGGAAUGGCGUCCGGAGACAAGACAAGUCCUUGUAUGAAGAACGACAGUUGCGAGGAGAUGAUGGAAGUUAUGAGCGAACUGAAGAAUUUAGAUCGCUGGGCCGACGACCAGUUGGGAAACCAAUCGCUUAAUACGACUAAGUCUGACGAUUCGAAGAGCUCAGCGAGCACUCUAGGUCUGCCGAUCGUCAGUUCUUGCAACUUGGACAUGACGGUAGAGAAGAACAAUAUCUGGACCAAAGGCACGUGGGGCGUCGUGCCAGUCCAGAUGAAGAAAUUGCCAGGAGUCACCGUGGAGCACGUGAAGAAGAAAAUGUGCAUGGAGAUAAGUAUAUUGAGAAAAUGUCGCCAUCCGAACAUCAUACUUCUAAUGGGUCUAUACCCGGACUCGCAGAACAACAUACACAUAAUAUGCGAGAGAUGUGUUGAUACGCUGUUCAAUUUGCUGCAUAUUGAGGUCCGCAUCCUAAGCGUUCAGACUUCGGUACAAUACGCCCUAGACAUAGCCAAUGCGUUGGUGUUUCUGAGUAUGCACGGCUACAUACAUACAGAACUCAAUAGCACGUCGGUAGUGGUUACCAGUCAUACAGCCAAGCUAGCUGAUCUGAGCGCUUGCAUGAGAUUGAAUAAGAAAGGUGGCAAGAACAAAACCUUUGAUAUGUAUUCACCGGAACCACAGUAUGUGAAUUUAACAGAACCCCUACUAAAUUCUGGUGACUGUGAGCCUCUGAUAUCAGCACGGUCUUCUGAAGCCUACCUCAGCAGCAGUGUAGUUAAACACUACAAGCAGUACUCCGAGUCAGAGUUGUACAAGUGGCAGGCUCCAGAGCUGUUUGUGCCCGAUGAUGAGGGGCUCGUCCGGCCCUGCUCCAAGACUGAUGUGUACUCGCUGGCUCUGAUACUAUGGGAGUGUUGUAAUGCUUCAAUGCCAUGGAAGUCCUUGUCGUAUACGGAGCUGAAACAAGAGUAUACACUAUACAAGACGGGUAUACGGUUACCUCAGGAUGGAACGUACCCUGGUAGUCUACUUGCAUUGUUGCGGCAGGCUCUCGCACUUGACCGUCAGGAUAGACUGGACUUGACUAAACUGCAGGAGAUCCUGCAUAAUGUUAAGGAAAACCUUGACGAUAUGGAGUACAUUAUUUUACCCGAACGAAUAUCUAAUAGAUCACGACAAUUUACAAAUUCUACGUCGCCUACAGACUCGGAGUGUCAGAGUCCGAGGAAUGUUCAACACGAAGCUAUAGUUCACACAAAUAGCGCAGAGAGCGACAAAGAGUCCGAAUACCAAAACUCCGUUUACGAAUUACCUAAAAUUAAUUCUCUGACGUAUGUAUCCGGAAAAUGUUCUACGGAUGACGAUGAAAAAACUUACGUGGAUAAGAACUAUUCAGCAUGUUCUACACCCGUCGGUAACAUGAGGACGAAAAUUAAGUAUUUAGAGACUCCUUGCUCUAUGACUAAAAGCGACUCCACGGAGUACUGUAGCAUACUCAGUCCCGACGUGCGAACGAAUCUAGCCCUUGCUGACGAGAGCUUUAAGGACCAAAAUGACAGAUCGGCGAAACUCAGCAGAAGUUUCACGCCGAAAUCUUACAAACCGCUCCAUAUUAAAGUCCCUGAGUUUAAUCUAGACUCAAUCAAAGGUAUUCUGAAGGAUCAGACGACUAAUGAAAAGUCUUCGUACAAUUUUGAUAUCAAGAACUACAGUUUGCCAACUACGCCUAUAGCCAGAAGUAACAAGUUGAGGAAAAACGCUUGGUUAUCGGGCGAUAUCACAGCAAAAAUGGAAGCAAAGCCAAAGUUACCUGUGUUGAAUACCACGGUCGUUAAAAGCCCUAAAGAGGAGGUCCAACCAUUACCUGAAGCGAGCACAACUAAACCACUGCAGAGCGGUCGCGACCAGAGCCGAUCCACAGAGAGCUUGGACACGGGGCGGGACAGCUACACCGGAUUGAGGCGUAUCAACGAUCCUCCCCCGGACUUUUCGCCCGAUCCCGAACCGCUGGAGCGCACACGUUCUCUCACGUGCCUCAAGACGCCGUACGUCGAGGACGUGCUCGCCAACGUCAACGUCAAACCGCUAGUCGCGAUCCACGAGCGGUGGAUAUACGAGGCGAAUAAGCGGACUGGGAGGUCAGUGCCGUCGUUGGAGCAGCACAGGCCCCAAACACGCGCUGUGAAGCCGGCUUCGCACUGCGUGGAUACUCUACCUAAGUCAGUACCUUUGGUGCGACGAUCCAGCUUCAAAUGUCUCCGCCCGUCUCCUGCCAACGUUAACACCUGGGACCAAUAUAACAUAGCGCGAGAAGCAAUAGCAAAGGGUUUAAGUUUUCAAACUAGUGAAGCAAUGAGGAAAUUAGAGAAAAGUACAAUAACUGACACCCAACCAAAUGAACAACCAAAGAUUGAUCGUGCCACAGAUACACAGGGUAUAGAGGACUUUAUCAAAGGUCUCAUACGAAAAGAGGUGCAACACUUGCUAAAUGAUAUGUCGGACAACAUAUCAGAAAGCAAUAGUCAGAGAGACGACGAACUAUUAAACAAACGGGUGCAUAAUAUAGUUGACUCCUUAAAAAAUGGUGAAGAUGUAGAUAUAGGAAGGAAAGAUAUUCCAAAAUCCUUCUCGCGGAUCAAAAUUAAUGGAAACAACAAGCCGCUAGUUCAGAUAACUUUCAACAGGAACGGGGAGAACAGUCUACAAGUGUUGGAUAACUGUGUGAAUGUUACCGUGUCUGAAAACAGUUGCAGUCGAGACAAGUUGAAUAUAUCCUUGGAAGAUACUCUCACGGGGGAAGAUAUACACAUCAACGGGCUAAAGAGAUGCCAGGCUUUCAGUGCAAUUCAGGAAGCCCGCAGCACGGAAGAUCUUUACAUCGACGAUGACUUAUCCACCCAAAUGCAGGAAAACUUCGGUGGCAAGGUGAAAUUGAUACCCCUGCACGGUUCUCUCCACGAAAUCCUCUGCGAGAAGGAGGACGACUGCUGUCUCGUUAAAGUCAAGCAGGAGAACGGUUGUGACACAAUAUACUUCCGAUGUGACAACUCCGAUACGGAAUCCCGAGACGCGACAGACGGGAAUGACACUGUGGUCUACAAACGUAGUAUUUCACUCAUCGAGGAGAGAAUACAACGGGUUAUACCGAAAGACAAGCGGUCUUUGCGAAGGUUGUCGCUAGAUAGACUCAGGAGUAGACCAAAGUCGGAAGUCCUAGUGAAGAAUUUGGGAGAGUCUCGUGCACGCAGUAACAGUAGCCCGUCUCUAUUCAAGCCUGACGAAGUGGAGUUGAAUAUUGAGAACGUGAUGAGCUAUCAGGAUUCCUCGUCGGACGAGUGCCUCAGAUGUCAGGCCGAUGACGACUUUGAGGUUCUGGAGCGAGAGAUAGAGGAGGACCUCGCUAACUCCUCACUCACUUGCGGCUGCCUCGAAAAAAUAUCUGAAGAAAAUCUCUCUGUUAUUAACGAAGAUUACUGAUUCCUAUAAUACAAGACUCAGGCCUAGUUUCACCACUUCCUGAUACGUGCCGGAUACUUAUCUGACAGAUACU